AUUGUGCACUCCAAUUGCUUCCCUCGCUAAAACCCUAAAAACCUCCAAGGAGCAGAGCGCUGCCUGUUAAGAACAAAAAAAAAGAACGAUGAGACCACCACGUGGCGGCGGGAACUUCAGGGGAAGGGGAGGAAGAGAUGGCGGCGGACGUGGUCGUUUUGGCGGCGGUGGACGUUUUGGUGGCGGAGGACGUUUUGGUGGUGGUUAUCAUGACGAUGGACCUCCCAGCGAAGUCGUUGAAGUUGCAACCUUUCUCCAUGCUUGUGAGGGAGAUGCUGUGACCAAGCUAUCGAAUGAGAAAAUCCCACAUUUUAAUGCCCCAAUCUACCUACAAAACAAGACCCAAAUUGGGAGAGUAGAUGAAAUCUUUGGUCCCAUUAAUGAAUCUCUGUUUACGAUCAAAAUGAUGGAAGGUAUUGUAGCUACCUCUUAUGCUCCAGGUGAGAAGUUCUUCAUUGACCCUCGGAAGCUUUUACCUCUUUCAAGAUUCCUUCCUCAACCAAAGGGCCAAUCAGGAGUCCGUGGUGAAGGAAGAGGUGCUCCCCGUGGAAGAGGAAGAGGUGCUCCCCGUGGUAGAGGCGCUCCCCGUGGUAGAGGUCCUGGAUUUCAACCAAGAGGUGGUUUUCGUGGAGCCUUCAGAGGCCGAGGGAGAGGAUAGAUUCAUAAUCUAUAUAAUAGCCUUAUUGUUGUAAUUCCUCCUUUUAUCUUUGGAUCGUGAAAAUGUUUUCUUAAGAAGCAUAAUGAUAGUAAUCGUUACUCAGAUUCUAGUUUUUGAUACUUGGCUUUAUGAAAUGAGUAAAAAAGUUCCAUCAA